AUGACAGCAUCAGACUAUCAUCAUAUUAUGAAGAUAGCGAUUUUUGCUUUGGAUGAAAUUUUCAGCGAAGAAAAUGAAAUAACUUGUAAAGAACUUUGUGAACUUUACACGAAGUUUAAUAAAAUGUAUACUAUGAGCAGACAAGAAUUAUAUACCGAAAAUGAACUGAAUAUCUUUGAAGAAGCAAUCAUUGAUUGGUGCAUAGAGUUUAAAAGGAUAUUCUCCCCAUUAUCUACUACGGAUUGCAGUUUUCCAAAGCUGCAUAGUUGGCGUUAUCAUGCAGGUAAUAUAAUUUGA